GACAAUUUCUCCCCCCUUAUAAUCUCUGGUUUCCCCUCAACAGAAAUAUUAGUUUCAUUUGUUGUUCCAGAUUUCAAGGAUCUCUCUCCCUCAAUCUUCAUUCCUUCAAUCUGUUAACAAAUUACACAACCAAUCAUGGCGAACGCGGCUUCUGGAAUGGCUGUGAAUGAUGAAUGCAAGCUGAAGUUUCUAGAGUUAAAAUCGAAAAGGAACUACCGAUUCAUCACAUAUAAAAUCGAAAAUCAGCAGGUGACCCUUGAUAAGAUUGGCGGGCCUGAUCAAACCUAUGAGGAUUUCACAAACUCUCUUCCUGCUGAUGAAUGUCGCUAUGCUGUCUUCGACUUCGACUUCACCACUGAUGAAAAUUGCCAGAAAAGCAAGAUUUUCUUCAUUGCCUGGUCACCGGAUACAUCUAAAGUGAGAAUGAAGAUGGUGUAUGCAAGCUCUAAGGAUCGGUUCAAGAGAGAACUCGAUGGAAUCCAAGUUGAGUUGCAAGCUACAGACCCGAGUGAGAUGAGCUUCGACAUCAUAAAAUCACGGGCAAUAUGAAUAAUGUUCCAUCUGAGGGAUCAAGGUUCGCUUGAUGAGUUAAGUUAUUGCAUACGCAUUUUCUUUUUAAUUUUUGGCUAUUUUCGUUCGACGAAAAAGAUUAUCAACUUUGUAGUUAAUGUUACUACCCACUCGAUCAUAUUGUUCGUGUUUGAUUUAUUUACCUCAAAAGG